CAACAUCGCAUCCUUAUCCUUUCAGAUUCCCAUUAAUCGAUAGCGAAAAUGCCGCGCGCAGAAGCAGGAAGCAACAAGGCCAUCAGCAAUGGCAUGAAAGCGAAAGGUCUAGGCCGAUUGCGCUGGUACUGCCAAGCAUGCGAGAAGCAGAUGCGCGAUGAGAAUGGGUUUAAAUGCCACGUCCAAAGUGAAAGCCACGUCCGACAAGUACUGCUGAUCGGGGAGGAUCCGAAGAAAUACAUCGAAGACUAUAGCAAGGAGUUUGCGCAGAACUUUGUGAAUAUGCUGCGCACGACGCAUGGCGAGAAGAAAGUGCAGGUCAAUCAAUUCUAUCAGCAGGUUAUUCAGGAUAAACAUCACAUUCACAUGAACGCGACGAAAUGGAAGAGUUUAACGCAAUUCGCCGCACACCUGGGCCGGGAAGGGGUUUGCCGCGUCGAGGAAACGGAAAAGGGCCUGUUCGUGUCGUGGAUCGAUAACAGCCCCGAGACAAUGAAGCGACGCGAAACCAUCAUGAGAAAAGAACGACAGGACAAGGGUGAUGAGGAACGGGAGCAGAAGCAGAUCCAGGAGCAGAUUGAGCGGGCGCAAAAGAAUGCGGAUAAGGAGGAUGAAUCGGACCCCGAGGCAAAGUUGCUGCAGCGGAAGGACGGCGAGAAGGUCAAGUUGAAUAUUGGGUUCGGCGCGAAGCCUGAGUCUGAGAAACAGCCGUCUCCUGAGCAGAAAGAUAAAUCGACAACACCAGAAGCUGCCGCUGCUCCGACUGCAGAGACGCCUGCUCCACCCGCCGAGGCCGCGCCAGCACCAGCACCGAAAAUCUCCAUGUCUCUUGGCGGUGGGAAUAAACCGAAGAACGUGUUCGCGGCGGCUGCGAAGAAGAACCCGCUUGCCGGGAAGAAGGGACCGGUUAUGGAGGCUCCGAAGAAGAUGACGGAGCAGGAGAGGAUUAUGAAGGCUGAGAUGGAGGCUACGGAGCGGAAGCGGUCUCGUGGGCCAUCUGGGUUUCCUAAUGCUAAGCGGCCUAAGGUUUCAUGAGCUGUGGUUCAGAGGCAUUUAUACCCCCCCGUCCAUUGCCGCGCCGCGACUCCCAUCUUUUGGACAUGUUGUCUUCACACUCCCAAGAAAGGUUUCUAAACGUCCUCAUCAUCGACCCGGGUCCAGUCAUAUCAACAUUGUCUACCGGUGUGGUUUCCCUUGCGAUUGGACAUGCAAAGCUGCAAAAAUUGGAUAAGCUCUGGACACUGACGCUCAAAAAGAGCACUGGAACUGGACAGGACCUUGCAUUAAUCUAUAAUCGGAUAAUCGAAUGGUCAGAAUAUACCCUGUAUAUAGUUACGAAGCACCAUACUCCCCAGGCUGCUUAAUUCAUCACAUAGUCUGCGGUCAUGCUAUCUUACUGGUAAAUAGAAUAAGCUUAACGGCAUCUUGCAUGUGGCCCACUUAGGGUUUGGUUUGGAG